AUGGAAGAGUCAUUGCGACAAAAUCUCCCAGCACAAGAGAAUGGGGUGACUGGCGCCGGCGCACACUUCGGCCCGGCGGUUCGAGACUAUUAUGAUCCUUCUAACUGGGCCUUGACCACGUUUGCCACGUCCCGCGAGGUCGUCGAUCACCCGCCGCCUUCCAAACGAAGGAGAGUGGGCGACGAGCCUGCCUUCCUACGUGGCAGCAAGGAGACCGACUACCUGGCGCCUUUGCUCACAGUAUACCACAGCAUCCCUCUUGCACGAGAAGCCCUGCUCAUGCCCAGUAUGAAAGUCCACAACUAUGGCUACGACGGGAGCUGGUGGUCGGGGUCAACCAACGAAAACACCAAAGCCUUGUCCACGGACAUUUCCCUGCAGAUCAACGGCGAUGAGUGCAAUCUUCUCGCAGAAGUCCAAUGUCUGAUGGCUUUCCUGGACAAGACCAAUCGUGCGUAUGGCAGUGUCGACGCCCUUGCAGACUUGCAGGCCAUUCGAAGCACCAACGAAGAGUUCACCUUUAUCCGAUGGUUAACAGCCUGGAAUAACGCCGCAAUGCGCCAAGCCCCGCAAGAGCAAUUGACGCAGGCUUUUACGACUGUUGCCAUGAAGAAUGCCGGGCCUGGUGACAAUCCGCCGGAGGAAAGGACGCUGUCGUACGUUCAAGCGCCCAUCAAUCGCAUUCCUGGCGAGACUCUAGUGGAUUUGCUCGACCAGACUGUGUGGAACGACGACAUGGGCAACCUCGACGAUGUCUGGAUCGAUCGUUGCGCCGAAGUCUUCACUAUCCGAGUACGUGAUCCAAGCAACGGUCAGAGUCCACUCGACUUGACCAUUGACCCCGUAUGGUACCCGGAUCGCUAUAUGGACCAAUGCAGAGAAAUCAUGCAACUGGUGCGCAAACAGUUACAGAUGAUACGUCGAGACAUCGAACAGUGCACCAGCCUUCAGCGUCGUUGCGAAGUCUUGAAGCUGCCUGACAACAGGAUCCUCAACAUCCGCGAAGUCCUUGACGCUGCUGCUAACGUUUCGACUGUGGCGGUCAGUCAGAAACCUGUUUCAAACGGACUGUAUGCUACUCCGUCGUCUUCGGCAGAAGAUGACAUGAGCCAAGUUGAUGUCGAACAUCUCAAGUCAGAGCUUGACGCCGUCGUUCAAAGGAUUGCGCGGAAGCUACAAAGCUUGGAGCAAAGGAAGGCCGACCUUCGCCGGAAAUGUCGAGAAGUCGCCUUGCAUUUGACCAGACCUUCCCCGGAGACCCCCGACAUUCCGCGUCGCAAAUAUUUAUUGCAAGGACUUUCGACCAAACCUGAGAUCACCUAUCUACGUCUGCUCAACAAGGAUCUUCUUCAACUGGAUGAGGAGCAAGACAGCUCCGAAGUCUUGGAGUAUCAAUGGUGGAGAUGCUCAUGGCUGCAAGAUGGAAGUCAAACCCUCGCUACAUCGGUGCCGGUCAUGGGACCCGUAACGCAGGCACAGGCUGAUGCGGCCAUAAAGGGACAAACAUCUUUCGCGGACAACGACCAAAAUUCCAGCGUCUCGAAACCUUACUCUGUCAGCAAGGUCACCGAGAGCGAAGUGCUCGAAGCUGUGAAGAAAGAGCACAACUCUGUGCUUCUUGUCUAUGCGAGUGAAGAAGCAUUGCGUUUCAAAGGCACGGACUUGAGCCGCCCACUCAGGUUUUUUGUGGACCGUGACAACCAAGCAUUCGCCGAAGAAUUGCAACAGGAAGCAGGCACCAUACAGAACCCAGUAAGCGAGGCUGACGCCGAGUUCGAAGACGUACCUUUGAUCGACCAGACGCGUUCCAGCAGCUCCGCCCGGGAAUUCACCCCAAUGUCAACCUCGACUCCGGGGCGUGACGAGGACGGACAACCCUCGCCGAAACGAGCCAGAGAGGAUGGCCGUAGCCCCAUGUUUACUGACCAGCCGCCAUCUUACGAGGACAGCGUUGGCAAGCAGGAGGUGCCGGAGAUGGAAGAGAAGAAAGGUAACAAGAUUGGCUUAUAUGCGGAACAAAUGCUCCAGAAGUACGGAAAUGAUGGGGCUUGA